AUGAUACAGCAAAGCCGCUUUCCAAUACAUCUCUUUUUCAAACUAAAAAUUCUCCUUCUGCAAAACUUUUAUGAUGCUUCAGUGAAUUUGCCUUUUAAUAUUCUUCCAAAAUUCCCAAAUUUUGAAAAGCUUGUUUUAGGCGGCUAUUAUUUCAGAGAGUUAUUCCCACAUGGUGUUGUUGGUGAGGAUGCAGGGGUUCUCUUGCAGUCGCAGAUACGAUUCUUAAAGUUGGAUUUCCUUCCUAAUAUAAGGCAUAUAUGGAAUCAAGAUUGCCAACCUGUCCCAUUUCUUCAAAAUCUUGAAACCCUUGAAAUAUGGAGUUGCCAUCGUUUGACUAAUUUGGCACCAUCCUCUGCAACUUUCAAAAAUCUUACGACUCUGGAUGUGUGGAAUUGUCAAGGAUUGUUGAGCUUAAUAUCAUCUUCUACUGCUAAAAGUAUGGUCAAUCUCACCAAAAUGAUCGUAGGAGAAAGCCGUAAGAUGGAAGAAAUUGUGUCAAACGACAGAAAUGAUUCCCAAUCCCAAAGUGAGAUUGUUUUGUGCAGAUUAAGAACUUUGAAACUUCUCUGCUUAAAAAGCCUCUCAAGCUUUUGCUCAUCAGCGAAUUGCACGUUAAAAUUUCCGUCCUUGGAAGAAUUAAUUGUGACACAGUGCCCCAGAAUGAAGAUUUUUUCUCAAGGAGCCAUAAGCGCACCAAAGUUAAAGAGAGUAAAUUUGGCAGAAGAAAGAGAUAAAUGGCGUUGGAUUGGAAACCUUAAUUCCACUAUAAUACAAUUGUAUACAGAAAAGGUUGGAUUCAGUGGCCUACAACAUUUGGAACUCUCUGAAUUUCCUGAACUAAAAGCGGUAUGGCAACAUAAACUUCCAUUCAACUUCUUCUACAAUUUGAGUAGGCUGGUUGUAGACGAAUGUAUGUUUUCCUCUAGUUCUGUUCCCUCUGGUCUGCUACCAUUUUUGAAUAAUCUGGAUGAGCUUGAGGUAAGAAAUUGCAAUUUUGUGGAAGAAGUUUUUGCUAUGGAACGGGGAAAUGCCAACAGAGUUGUUGGGCAUUUGUCCAAGUUAAAUGAGUUGAACUUGAUAAAUCUUCCAAUGUUGAGGCGUGUCUGGAUCGAGGAACCUAACGGAAUUUUGGACCUCAGAAACCUUAAACAGCUGAAAAUCCACAAUUGUAGCAGCUUGAGAAAUAUAUUUAGUCCUACCAUCUGCUGUGGACUUGAGCAACUCCGAGUGGUAGAAGUGACAAGUUGUGCUACGGUUGAAGAAAUCAUCACAGAAGGCUCUAUUGACGAGAUCAUAUUUCCUUUACUUAACUCCAUUACUCUCGAGUCUUUGCCCAGAUUAAUCAAUUUCAAAUCUGGAAGAGGUAUCGUGCAUUUUCCAUCUCUAAAAGAGAUUACUAUAGCUGAUUGCCCAACCACAUUCAGUUGUUCAUUUUUUAAGAAAGCAGGCCCAAAUGCAACCGAUGGAAAUUUUGAGCCAAAGGUAUUUUUUCCUAAUUUGGAGGAACUGAAACCGAUUAUGGUCGAGAUGAUAUGGCAUGCUCAACCGUUGGAAAUGUUUUCUUAUGCUCAGAAUUUAAGUACGCUGACUGUGGAUGGCUGUGGCAAUCUAAAAUAUCUAUCAUCAUCAUCAAGUGUCGUGCAUCUGAAAAGACUUAAGAUAUGCAAUUGCAAGAUGAUGGAAGAAGUCAUGGUCAGGGAAGGACUGGAAGAAGAAAUAAUGAGUAAGACAAUACUCCAUCAACUUGAGUUCCUUGCGCUCAAAGAUUUGCCAAAACUCACACGAUUCUGUACAAGUGAUUUAGUUGAAUGCCAUACCUUGGAAAAGCUGUGCAUACAAAAUUGCCCUGAAAUGAGGACAUUUGACUCCAAUUCUGCAACUUCAAACAUGGCAUUCAGCAGUAAACUUGACAUUGUAAACUCUGCUCUCUUCAAUGACAAGGUAUCUUUUCCUAAUUUGACCACCCUGAUUGUGGAUGGAUGUGAUAAUUUGAAAAUUUUAUUAUCACUCUCAAGUGUUGUGCAUUUGAAAAGGCUUAAGAUAUGCAAUUGUAAGAUGAUGGAAGAAGUGAUGGUCAAGGAAGGAGUGGAAGAAGAAAUAAUGAGUAAGAUGUUACUCCAUCAACUAGAGUCCCUAGAGCUCAUGGAUCUUCCAAAACUCACGCGAUUCUGCACAAGUAAUUUAGUUGAAUGUCCUGUCUUGAAACAUCUGCGUAUACAAAAUUGCCCUCAAAUGAGGACCUUUGUCUCCAAUUAUACGACUUCAAAUAUGGCAUCCAGCCGUGAAUUUGGCAUUAUAAACUCUGCUCUCUUCGAUGAAAAGGUUGCAUUCCCCAACUUGGAGCAAUUGGAGAUUCUCAACAUGGAUAAUUUGAAAAAUUUAUUAUCACUCUCAAGUGUUGUGCAUUUGAAAAGGCUUCAGAUAUGCAAUUGUAAGAUGAUGGAAGAAGUGAUGGUCAAAGAAGGAUUGGAAGAAGAAAUAAUGAGUAAGAUGUUACUCCAUCAACUAGAGUCCCUAGAGCUCAUGGAUCUUCCAAAACUCACGCGAUUCUGCACAAGUAAUUUAGUUGAAUGUCCUGUCUUGAAACAUCUGCGCAUACAAAAUUGCCCUCAAAUGAGGACCUUUGUCUCCAAUUAUACGACUUCAAAUAUGGCAUCCAGCAGUGAACUUGACAUUACAAAUUCUGCUCUCUUCGAUGAAAAGGUUGCAUUCCCCAACUUGGAGCAAUUGGAGAUUCACAACAUGGAUAAUUUGAAGAUGAUAUGGCACAAUAAACUCCAUUCAGAUUCCUUUUGCAAAAUAAUCGCACUUGCUGUGGAAAACUGUGAAGAACUAAUUAAAAUUUUUUCAUCCACGUUGUUGAGAGGCCUCCGCAAUCUUCAACGUCUGGUCAUACGUAAUUGCGAUUUACUGCAAGAGGUGUUUGAUCUCCAAGGGCUAAUAAAAAUGAAAGAAUCAGUAGCCAUUCAAUUGAGAACUCUAAACAUAGAAGUCCUUCCAAAUUCGAAGCAUGUAUGGAAUGAGGAUCCUCUGGGACUUGUCUUGUUUGAUAACCUAAGUUCAGUGAGUGUUUGGAAUUGUCCAAAUCUAAAAAUUAUUUUCCCAGCUUCAAUAGCUAAAAAUCUGCUACAACUCAAAAGACUGCAUAUAAUCAGUUCUGGGGUGGAGGAAAUUGUUCAGAAUCUGAACUGGGUAGAAACAAAUAUGGAGAACCAACCUAUGGUUAAAGUUCUGCAGCCACAUUUCUCCUUUAGAAAGCUGGACCAAGCUCUUCAGUCUCUUGAAGUUCUUGCCGUUUGGUAUUGUGACAAUUUGAUUACUUUAGCACCAUCCUCUGCUUCUUUUCAAAAUCUGACGACUUUGGAGGUGUGGAUGUGCAAUGGAUUAGUUAGUUUGGUAACAUCGUCAACAGCAAAAAGUCUGGUACAACUCACAAAAAUGAGUAUAGCAGCAUGUGACAGAUUGAAAGAAAUAGUUGCAAAUGAGGGAAAUGAAUCGAAAGAGGAUAUCAUCUUUAGCAAAUUAGGAGAACUGGGACUUAGAUAUUUGCCAAGCCUCGUCAGUUUUUGCUCAGCAGAGCACAGCUUCAAAUUCCCCUCUUUAACAGAAGUAUUUAUCGAGAAAUGCCCCAAGAUGCAGAUUUUCUCAAAAGGAGUCUUAAGCACACCAAGACUCCUCGUUGUACAACAUGAUGAACAAGGGUGUUGGAAAGGCAAUCUGAAUGACACUGUACAACAAUUGUUUGCAGAAAUGGUACGUAUGUGUUGGUUAACCAAAUUCCCUUUUCUCCUAAACCAUAGAAUUGAAAUCAUCACUCAAUUCUGA